CCGUUGUUCUCGCGUUCGUUGCUGCGCGACGCACGAUCGAGCUCGCCAAUUUUUUUUUUUCUUUUCCCGCACAUCGCCCCCGGCUUCGCCGGCGUUUUUCCGGAACUGGCCGCCUGCGUACGACGCGUGCGGCUCGCCUUUCGAGGAAUUUUCGCGUCGGGCCAUUUUUCCCGCUUUCUCCCGUUCCUUUCCUUCCUCUUCGGUCGCGCGUAUUGAAUUUGGAAGAGGAGCGAUUAGACGAAGACACACGCACGAGAGAGAGAGAGGAUUCGGCGAUCGUAAAAUCGCGAAACCACAUUAGUCGAAAAUAGCCUGACAGAAUUUUCUCGCCUCCCGUGUGCGGAAUCUCUCAGCGGCCGCUUCGACCACCUGCUCGCGCGCGCGCGCAGUCUUUAAGAAUACGAAAGCAAAUGAGCCGGAGAGCGUCCUCCGGAGAUGAGGUGUGAGUAAAAACGAAGUGAGAACUCAUCGCCGACGAUUCUACGGGAAUUUCCCCGCGCUCCUUGCUGCCCAAGAGUCUGAUUGCGAACGGAUACGACGGAAAGUGAGGCUUCGCAGCUGGGCAUGCUACUGGCAAAUGUGGAAAGGGCGUGUCUGCUUGUGACGGCGAUCCACGUUUUGCUCGAUAAGAACGUCGAUGCGGAGACCUUCACUCUGGGAUACAUCACCGGCUCGAAGCGGCGUCCAGGGGAUUUAGAGUAUCACCGGCCGGGCUCCCGCAUCUCCGGGGCUAUGACUCUCGCAGUGGAGGAGGUGAACGCCGGCGAGCUCGGCAGGCGCGGCCACAAAAUCGACAUUUUAAUGGCUGAGACUUACGGCGAGGAGGAGAAGAGCAUUUUUUUCACGGCGGAUCUCUGGAGGAAAAACAUCAGUGCUUAUAUCGGCCCGCAGGAGACGUGCAUUCACGAGGGCCGAAUGGCGGCCGCAUUUAACAUCCCAAUGAUAUCCUACUUUUGCACGCAUCGCGAAACGUCGAAUAAAGAGGAAUUCCCAACAUUCGCGAGAACACGACCGCCCGAUACGCAAAUCUCGAAAUCCGUCGUUUCUGUGUUAUUGGCAUAUAACUGGACGAAAGUGACGUUUAUGUACAUGAAUUCGACUAUGUAUGAGUUCAACAAAAUGUCAACGGUCGCGACGACGAUCCUAGAGUCCUUCGAGGCGGCUGGCAUUAGUUUGAAUCAUAUUCGGUGCUGGGAAGAGCCUUAUUACGCGACGCACAUGCAAAAUCCGUUCCGUGAGCACGUUAAGGACACGUAUCUCGACACAAGAAUUUACGUAAUACUCGGGCAUCAUUAUGAGCACAUGGGUCUCUUGAUGGCUCUGGACGAGAAAAAACUCUUGGAAAAAGGCGAAUAUUGGGUCGUCGGUGUCGACAUCGAGCAAUAUGAUGAGGAGCGACCGGACAAGUAUCUUCGUGGACACUGGCAACGGGAGAGUAAUCUGCCGAUAGAGGCGUAUUAUAACUAUUUCAGCAUCGUUGCAUCGGCUCCGAUCAACAUUACGAACUUUACCCGGCUGGUCAACGAAUACAGGCAGAAGCCGCCGUUCAAUUUUACGAAUCCGUUGAAGAAAAUGAAAGGAAUCGUUCAGAUCGUGCCGGAGACGGCGUACCUGUACGACGCGGUGCACCUUUACGAGAGAUCGCUGCUGCACGCCCUGGACGAAAAGCGGGACCCACGGGACGGGCGGAAGAUGGUGUCGACGCUGCACGGGGUUCAUUAUCAAAGCGCGAUGGGAUACAUGGUAUACAUGGAUGAGAAUGGAGAUGCCGAAGGCAAUUACACUCUGAUUGCGUUGAACAACAGAUCUACGAAAGGACUUUAUCCAAUAGGGAUCUUCGUCGGGAAAAUGCCAGGGACGAAUUUGCCGGAGCUUAAAUUGACCGGGGAAAUACAAUGGGUUGGGGGCGGGCCGCCGGUCGCGGAACCUUACUGCGGAUAUCACGGUGAAAAGUGUAACUUUCAUACCGGCGAGAUUGUGGGAGGCAUCGUUGGCGGAUUGGCGUUCAUUAUCACGGCGGUCGUUCUGAUCCUCUAUAGAAACUGGAAGUACGAACAAGAAUUGGAUUCCUUGCUCUGGAAGGUGAACUACAAGGACAUCCAGAUCAAGGAACAGAAGAAGGACGAAACGGGAGCCAACGAGGCGCCCGCCAAAUGCAAUUCCAAGAUCGAUUCGUUUGACAUAAAGCCGCCAACAACGCAACCUAUAGUGCGAACCAGCCAAGUCUCGCUGAGCUCGAAUCCCGACGCGGACUUCCGGUAUUCCAUGAUUUACACGCAGAUCGGCGUGUACAAAGGGCGGAUAUUCGCUGUGAAGAAAGUCAGAAAGAAAUCGAUCGAGAUCACGCGGGAAAUGAAGAAGGAACUGAAAAUGAUGCGCGACUUGCGGCAUGACAAUCUGAUCUCUUUCAUCGGCGCGUGCACCGACCCACCCAAUAUAUGCAUCGUCGUCGAGUACUGCGCUCGUGGCAGUCUUAAGGACAUACUGGAGAACGAAGACAUAAAACUCGAUAAUAUGUUCAUGGCGUCCCUGGUCGGUGAUAUCAUUAGAGGCAUGAUCUAUCUGCACGAGUCGGUCAUAAAGUACCACGGAUCGCUGAGCACGUCGAACUGCCUGGUGGAUUCGCGGUGGGUCGUAAAGCUGGCGGAUUUCGGUCUCCACGAAUUCAAGCGCGACGCGGAAUGUGAUCCCUGCGACGUCAUAAAAAAAUAUCACGGAUUGCUGUACAAAGCGCCCGAGUUACUGCGCUCCAGCGGUCUCGGCGAGCCGAGCGCGCGUGAUUUUCAAAAGGGAGACGUCUACUCGUUUGCCAUAGUAUUGUACGAGCUUCAAGGGCGGCAUGGGCCCUUCGGCAUCACGCAAUUGUCAGCGGCCGAGAUACUGAAGAAAGUAAUUGCGAGGGAUCCUGAAAGGCCACCGUUUAGACCGCCUUUGGAGCAACUGGAGAAUACGUUCGAUUUCGUUCGCGACUGCUUGCUAGAGUGCUGGGAGGAAAAUCCGGAUUGCCGUCUGGGGGAUUUCAAAAUUAUACGAAACAAAUUGAGACCCUUGCGGAAAGGCAUGAAAGCGAACAUUUUUGACAAUAUGAUGUCGUUAAUGGAACAAUAUGCGAAUAAUCUCGAAGCUCUCGUCGAUGAGCGCACGGAUCAGUUGACUGAAGAGAAGAAGAAAACAGAUGCGUUGCUGUAUGAAAUGUUACCGCGUUACGUGGCCGAACAAUUAAAAAAGGGGCACAAAGUGGAGGCUGAAAGCUUUGAUUGUGUUACCAUCUACUUUAGUGAUAUCGUCGGUUUCACGUCUAUGUCUGCGGAAAGCACACCGUUGCAGGUGGUAGACUUCCUAAACGAUCUGUACACUUGUUUCGAUUCGACGAUACAAGUUUAUGAUGUGUACAAAGUCGAGACCAUCGGAGACGCUUACAUGGUGGUGAGCGGACUGCCGAUAAGAAACGGUAUUCAACAUGCCGGCGAAAUAGCGAGCAUGUCGUUGUGCCUUUUAGACGCGAUUAAGCAGUUCACCAUCCGUCACCGGCCGCAUGACAAACUUCAACUCCGAAUAGGAAUACAUUCCGGUCCGGUAUGCGCUGGCGUUGUCGGAUUAAAAAUGCCGCGUUACUGCCUAUUCGGAGAUACGGUAAACACAGCUAGUCGCAUGGAAUCCACAGGGUUAGCGCUGAAAAUCCACUGCAGCAGCGAGACGAAGGAGCUGCUGGACGAGUUGGGAGGAUUCACCCUCGUCGAGCGCGGGGUGGUUUCCAUGAAGGGUAAAGGCGAGCGUUUGACGUACUGGUUAAUCGGCGAGGACCCGAUUCUGCGCAGCGAGCGUAGCAAGGAGCGAACGAGCAAACGCAACAGCAGCAAGAAGAACAGCGUGACCGAUCCGUUAGUUCCGCGAAGCUCUCUGAAGAACAAAUCCUUGGUCAGGUCGACUUUCAUGCGAUGUUCCAGCGAGUCCCCGAAGCGGCUGCGAUUCGCCAGCUCGGACCAGCUCGAUCAGAAGAGCUCGAGGGUGAACAGUCAGCUGGAGUCGAUCGUCGACAACAGUCCUUGCAAGACCAAGACCUCCUGCGCGAUACGAUCGUCCUGCAUGGAGAGCUGGAGGUCCUCCAGCAACUCUUGCCCCUGCGUCGAGAAGCUCUGCGAUCAGGAGGCGCAGCCAGAGCUGCUGCAGCACAAACUGCCGUCGGACAUCAAGAACGCACCGUUGCUGCGCACGAAUCUGAUAUUCGGCAACGAGUCGUGUCUGCCGAGAGCCGGCACCGGCAAGAGCCUGCGCUUCGGCACACCCGGACUGCUUCAGGUCACCUGCAGAUCCGCACCGAGCAGUCCCAGGCACAGCACGACGGUGCUGAACGCCCAGAAGAGAGCGGCCCAGUCGAACGAGGAGAUCGACGGAUGGGACGCGAUGACGCCGUUGAUUUAUUAUCCGGGUGGUCGUCUGGAUAAUUGAGAGAGUAGUCAAGCAAGCCUUCGGUCGGUAAAAUUCGAGCGGGACAUGUAUUCAUGCGGGGACGAACACGCGAAUGCCUUGCCGUUGCCGUCGUGGUCGAGCGAUUUGAGGAAAAACCGAGUCGUGGAAACCGUGGAGAUGUAUUCGCACGUGUAAGAGGGUAUCUCUGUGGAAACAACUUGACAAUCGACAGACAACCCUGAUGAAUGUGAACGAUAUUGCGGAUUCUUGUAUCGGUCGAACGUCGUAAACCGAGUGGCAUAUGGAAGAACGUGAGCGGUAAAACUCAAGCAGUAAGCCGAUUGCGAUUCAGUCGCACAUAAUAUUCGAGAAUCAUCGAGAGCCAUAAGAUUAUCACGUUGAAACUGUAAUCGGCCGGCUCACUUAAGUCUUGCUGCUCACGUUUUUCUGCGCAGAACGCCAGAUUUAAGCGAAUAACUGCUUCAAUGGUCCUCAGCAACUCUUUACUUGGAUCAAGUAAGUAUUUACUUGACACAAGUAAAAUAUUUUCCAAGUGUACCAUCCAAGUAAAAUA